AUGAAGCCUAUUUGUUGGGUUGUUCUUCAGAAAUACGUUCCUCCGGAUAACUGGCCAUACAAACGCGCAAGGGAAUUGUUCCGUAAUCCUGAGGUCGCAAAUUGCGAUGAGAUCAACCUGGUAUGGAAAGAACCAGAUGUUGACGGUAUCAUUCAGUUCAUGUGUGAGGAAAAGAGUUUCGCUGAAGAUCGAGUACGGUCUGCAAUCGAAAAGAUCAAAAAAGGGCGGGGAUCGGCUACACAGGGUCGAAUUGAUCUGUUUUUCUCGGUCGACAAGACAGUUCGAUCAGAACCAACAGCAGCGAAAAGGAAAGCCCAAGAAGAAAAGAAAGCACCAAAGAAGAAGGGCCCUCCUGCCAAGAGGCCCAAGUAA